AAGAGACCUUGUGAAUGUAUUGUAAUGUUUUUAAAAUGGUAUAAACUGCCUUAAUUUUACUGGACCACAGGAAGAGUAGCAGCAGCUAAUGGGGAUCUAUAAUAAAUACAACCCGGUGUUCGUACUGACGAUUUUCGCUUUGCGCAUGCCCAAUAAUAUAUAGUGUUAGUGUUAUAACAGUUACUAUACCCGGGAAUGAGCGAGUUCGAGGCAGAAAAUAACUUCUCUCUUUGAUCUGAAUUAUUCCGUAUUAAAGUCGUUACGGAACUAUCAGUCUGCCAUAAUGCGACGUUUCGGUUCUGUGCAACAAAAGAUAUCUUGUGUGUUUUUGACUGAGGUGAAAGAGGAACAAUCCAGGAAACGCGAAUGUCAACAAUUUCAGGUUGUAGCCACCAAACAUGUGAACCCUAUAGCACUGGAAUCGAAUAUUGACUGUGCACUUGCCACAGAAAAGCUGGAUGGCACCUGCUGCUAUGUUUCAAUUUAUAAAGGGCAAUCAUACCUCUGGGCUCGACUAGAUCGGAAGCCCACCAAGCAGGCAGACAAGAGGUUCAAGAAGCAUCAGUAUUCCCACAAAAGUUGCAAAGGUUUCACCUGGAAUGUGAAAGAAGACUUUAAGACGGUUCCAGAGUCUUGGGUCCCGGCACACAGAGUUCAGCACCACAAUGGACAGCCUGUACCAGAUGACCACGGACACAUCCCAGGUGGGACACACUAUAUAAUGGACACACUCCUCGAGCUGGUUUCCCGGACACUGAUUAACCCUAGUCCUGGACUAAAAGGUUGGGUUCCAGUGGAGAAAGACAACAAGCAGUACUGUUGGCACUCGUCUGUUGUGGACUAUGAUGCUGGUGUAGCGCUGGUUCUGAGGCCCAGUGCUGAGAAUGAAGACCUGCUAGAGAUCACCAUGGUACCACUGGCUGAUCUCCUGGAGCAAACCCUGGAGCUUAUUGGAACCAACGUCAAUGGGAACCCAUAUGGGUUGGGAAGUAAAAAGCAGCCUGUCCAUGUCCUGGUUGCCCAUGGGAGUAUACACAUCAGGAACCCUCCCCCGGUGGACUUCCAGCAGUUGUGUUCCUGGUUCCAGGACAGCCAGGAGGGCCGUGUUGAGGGCAUCGUCUGGCACUGUAAUGAUGGGACCCUGGUCAAGCUCCAUCGUCAUCACCUGGGGCUGAGAUGGCCGGACGGCGACACCAUCCUGAACGCUCGGCCUGUGGUCAUCCACGUCGACGGGACCAUACGAGAGUAUCACAUCGCCAGCAAGGACUUGUUUACAUCUCUAUCUCAGUUAAACGGACAUCGCUUCAGCAGACUGCAGGACAUCCAGUUUGACCCUUAACCUUUAUUUAACCAGGAAGUCCUAUUUAGGUCAGAAGACCUUUAUCCCUAAAUCCACCAGGAGCCGCCCGGAGUCUUAAGAAACAUUCCUGUUUGUAAUAAUCCAUGAGUCAGUGGGGUCGGUCGGGCUCACUUUGGGUAAUAAUGUCUCAUAGUGAUUAUGUGAAGGUCUAUGUCCUUAGAGUUGGAAAUGUGUGAUAGCAGUGCAGCAAUGGCAGCUUUCUGUGUUAUCAAUUUCAUUCAUCCCUCCAUCCCAUUCAUUUUUCCCAUAGGGAUUUUACCCUAUGACAGACAAUCUCAGUAUACAACAAGUUAUUGCUCACGUAUACCCUGUAAUCAUAUAGCAUUAGAAAGCUUAGAUUCACAGCUAUCCAUCAGAUACAUUCUCACAAUGUUCAGGUCAACAGUACAUAUUAGAUGGACCUGUAUAAAUUGCUUUAAAAAGGAACUCCGGAUACAUUUUAAACUUUGUUUAACAAGUCAUGACAGGUCAUGAAAUUACAUUUCAAAUUAUAUAUAAUAUAACCUACUUUGAAUGCGCUAGCUACAACUAUUGUAAAAAAAAAAGAAAAAAAAGAAAUUGCCCAUAUUGUGCCAUUGACAUUAGAACGUUUUAAGCUUAACCAUUAAAUUACAUGUAAUGGGGCAGCUACGCUUUUUGAAUUGUAACUUUGGUGAUAGGAACACCACAUUUCACAUGCUCGGCUAGAACAGGGUUUAAAAAAUAUUUGUAGAUACAGGGCCACUACAGCAUUAACCCCACUGAAGCCUUUUUCCAAUAUGGCCGCCAAACAACUCAAUUGGGUGUUAUCGGAUACAUUUUGCAUUACCAUACCUGUAUGGAAUAUAAUUAUAUUAGAAUACAUCUUGAUUUAGACUAACUAUGUGUAAUGGUUUGCUGCUCUCAUCAUCCAGAUAUUAGGUUAAAACAUAUUGGCAUUCCUAUGGAAUUUUACAUUGUAAUGUAUGCAAAACGUUUCCAGUCCUCUGUUAAUGAAAACCGUUAAUGUCAUUGUCAUCAGCUCACAUCCAUGUCUAUUCACAUGUACAUAUCCAUUUUCCAUGUUUGAAGAUUAAAUAUAGCAAUUACUGAUCAUAACAGCUUCUUGGGCAUAUUCUAACCACAAUUAUGUCAGUAAUUUAACAUUGUUAUAUGUCUGGCACACCUGGCUAAUUUGGUUGUGUAUUCUACAUCACUAAGAACAUUUCAAGAUAUUAUUGGGCAUAAUAUAAUUAUUUCAUACAGGUAUGGUAAUGCAACAUUUAUCCAAUAAGAUCAUUUUUAGUUGUUUGGCGGCCCAGGUUUGGUGAAAAAUUCUGUUGGGUUAAUGCGUGAAUCCUGUGAUGGUCCUGAACACUCUAAGAAUGUCUCUUAUGGAACACAGAAAGCUACCAUUGCUGUACUACUAUCACACAUUUUCUAACUCUUGGGACAGACCUUCACUUUUUUUUUUUGAGACGUCGUCACCACAAGAGAGCCUGACGGCCCAGAUUUAGGGGCCUGGCUCCAGGACUGUAAGCUUCCAUACUGUAUUUCCAUUAGUAUGGUUGAACCAGACUAAAUAGUGGGGUCACCAGUGAAACAAUGGUGAGUGCAGCGUUCAAUCUGGUUUAACCUGUCUUCCAAUAUGAACGAACCUGCCAAAUAAAAAGCCUGUAAAUAUAUGGAA